AUGUUCGAGAAUUCGGCACAUUUGGUGACCAAAAUUUGUAUGUUCAGCCGCGACAACAGACACUCAACCACACUGGUUUUGUUGAAACUGCCUUUUCCUGACAAUUGUGCAAAUAUUCAGAAGGUUAACGUCAAUCCAACGCGUACAUGGGUUGUUCGGCGAAAACGGAAAUCGGCUCUAUAAAAGGCGCGGAGCUUCUACGAAUAUUCAGUAUCUUUUGGAAUUCGUCCAUUCAACGGUGAGUCAUUUGGCGGCUUUUAUACCAACUAAGUUGUCGUAUAGUCGUUAAUGUUUGAGUCGCUAAUUAGUAUGGUAAUCCUCCAAAUUUUAGCUCCAAAAAUGAACAAACUCGUCUUCGCCCUCCUCAUCAGCGCCGUCGUCGCUGAUGUCAAGAUCACGGUCGUCAACAAGUGCAAGAAGACCGUCUGGCCCGGAGUUUUUGGCCAAGGAACUAUUCCCGAGAACGGUGGAUUCGAAUUGGCCCCGGGCGCACAGAAAGUGUUGACCGUCCCUGAUGGAUGGGUUGCUGGACGUAUCUGGCCAAGAACAGGAUGUACUGGCUCGGGUGAGAACUUCCAAUGCGAAACUGGUGCUUGUGGAACGAGCUUGCAAUGUAAUGGAAAGACCGGAGAAACUCCAUGCAGUUUGGCCGAGAUUACGCUGGCCAAGACCACCAAUGACAAAGAUUUGUGAGUUUGGGCGGACACAUAUUGCAGCUGAUUUUUUGGGGCUAUGAGAUUAAGUCAACAACAUUACUCCUUUCAGCUAUGAUAUCUCUUUCGUCGAUGGCUCCAACAUCCCCAUGAGCAUGCAACCAGUUGCUGGCACCUUCAACACCGCCGGUGGCUCCGACAAAUACUACUGCACCAAGGCCGGAGAGUGUAACAAGGAUCUGAAGACCAUCGUCCCCGCCAACAUGCAAUUCAAGAAGAACGGUAAGGUUGUCGGCACUCUGUCCGCUUGCUCCGCUACCAACGACCCAAAAUACUGUUGCUCGGGCGCCUACUCGACUCCGGACAAGUGCAAGGGCGACACCUUCCCUCCACAAUACUACAAGGACCUCAAGGCCGCUUGCCCAACCACCUACAUCUAUGCCUACGAUGACCCAACCUCCACCUUCAGCUGCAAAGGAAAGGGCAAGCCUUCUCCUGACUACACUGUCACCUUCUGCACUGAAAGUGGCAUCGGAUUGUAA